AUGGCCCCUGGCCCCAGGGGAGCCAACGAGAAAGGGCCGCAGAUCCCGCCCGGCCCGCCAGCUCCUCCCUGGGCACCGCCCAACGCGGUGGAGCGCAGGUGCCAGGCCAAUCGUAGAUGCCAAGAGCGCAGGUGCCAGGCGGAGCGCAGGGGCGCAGAGCCCGGAGCGCGUGGCUGGGUCCUGGACUGCAGCCGCGGGUGGCGCGAGUCGGGGCAGCCCAGCGCUGGCCAGUGCGGAGCCAUGGCCUUGCUGGUCCUGGCGAUCUGGGCGUCCCUGGUGCUCGCCAGCAGCUUGACGACCCAGGCGACAGCCCAGAACCUGAGCUGCUUCCAGUGCUUCAAAGUCACCCACCCGACCCGGUGUCGGCCAGUCCAGUGCAGAGCAAGCGAGCGGGUCUGCAUCUCCAACGAGGUGCUCCUUGUCUCCAAAACAAAGAGCAAACUGCAGAUCAGCAGGCGCUGUGCUGUCUACUGUCCCAACUCCAACAGUUUUUUUGACUGGACCCCAAGCGCUGGGAUGCGGGCCAGGAUCACCAGGCGCUGCUGCCUAGGGAAUCUCUGCAACACAGCGCCCGACACCCAGGAGGGGUUUGGGGCCCUGCCAGGGGUCCUCCUGAUGCCAGUGGUCCUGGGCCUCCUCUGCACCCUGUUGAUGUGCAGGGGCAUGCUUACUCCAUGAGCUGGCAGGGAAGGCACCAUAACCCCCACCCAGGAUCUGCAGCUUCCCCUGAGCCAACCCCUUGACCCAGGAAGUGGUAAUAAAGGCCUU